AUGGACCACGCGAUGCGAAUGACGCGCGUCCUCCUCGGCAUGGUCGCCGUGCUCACUAAUCUCGUGAACGCCCAGCCGCCCAACGCCGCGUGCACGAAUCCGACGGUGUCGACCCCGCCGGCUGCGGCGAAUUUGAGAGGUGACGUUGGAUGCACGACCGUGGCCGGUGGAACGCUCGCGUAUUCGCAUGAACAGAGCGAAACCGCGGGUGGGACGAUCGCGACGAACGCGCACAUCUACGGGCCGUUCGAUGCGGGGUUCGGAAGUCAACAAGACGGCAUCAUAGCAACCUGGGGUUGCUCGCCCACGAGCUUGGCCUACGACUCAGCGGGCGGUUUAGAUUUGGGAUAUGAACACGCCAAGCUCGCGAGCGUGUGCGGGGUGACGCUUCCGAGAAUCAGUGGCACGACUUGGAUAGGAUUGCUCGGGCAGUGCGGCGGACACACGGGGAAUUACCACUUCCAUAUGGGCUUUGAGUGUUUCGAAACGAACAGCGGGACGCACUCGAGUAAGUUGGGCGUCGCCGGGAACUGGAACGUAUACGGGAAGUACGAAGAUUACACGGCCCAACAGUAUCCGUACCUCGAUGCGUGCGGUGGACACUUCGGAUUCACGCCCGAGUCACCGUCGGCGAGCGUAUACCACUAUCACGUGCAGAUGCAGGCACCCUUCACGCUCGGAUGCCACGGUCCCAACUCUGCGGGCGGCCUCGUCACCAUCGCGCAAUGCAUGGCACUGUACCCUGAGUGCAACACGAAUCCGACCACAGAAACGUGGGGAAGUACGACGUACACGUACAGGCGAGACUGUCCGUGCUUUGAUGCCAACGGACAGAACUACGCGGCGACCCCAGUGGAGCUCCCAGCCAUUGCGCACGCGGCUGCUUCGCCACCGGUGACAUCGUACAAUGUCUCGUCCUGGUCUUGCCCAUCGCCGUACGGCGUGAAUGCGUGCACGAAAACGAUCGCGCAAGUCAUCGCGGCGAGCACGACGCCUCCGUCGACGCCUCCGUCGACGCCUCCGUCGACGUCGAGCGCCACGUCGCAGCCGUUCGGCGUUCUCUUCGUCGCCGUCGUCGCCGCGACCUCUAUGGCCUACUGA